CGUUCCCUAAUGCUGCAGGCUGUGGGGACCAAGGCUGAGGCAACCUGUCUUGUUUCAUAUGCCGGGCAGUGACCGGCUUCUGGUAGCCGUGAGGUGAGCAGGAGCUCCAUAUCCGCCAUGGAUGCAGUGACCUAUGAGGAUGUGCAUGUGAACUUCACUCCUGAAGAGUGGGCUUUGCUGGAUCCUUCCCAGAAGAGUCUCUACAAAGAUGUGAUGCUUGAAAACUAUUGGAACCUCACUAGUAUAGGUUACAAAUGGGAAGACCAUAAUAUUGAAGAACAUUGUCAGAGCUCUAGAAGAAAUGGAAGGUGUGUCAUCUGUCACUCUGGAUACAAGGCAUGUGAGCAUAAGGGGAAUGGAAAGAAGCAUUGUACCUCUGUCUCUCUCAGAACAACUGGGAGAUAUGUGGUAGUCCCCACUAUGAGAAGACUUGAUGACUGUGACACAAGUUUACAGUUAAUUGGUUUUCCAGCUUCCAUGGGAAUUCAUCAACAAACUCACAUUGGAGAAAAUCCUCAUAAGUACCAGAAAUAUGGAAAUGCAUCUCUCUGUACUGGUUCACUGUGCACAUGUAGUAUGGCUCACAGUAUAAGAAAAUGUUGUAAAUGCAAUCAGUGUGGUCAAACUCUGAGUUCUUCAAAUUCUCUUCAAAGAUGUGAAAAAUCUUAUACGGGAAGAGAAAAUAAUAAGUGUGAGUCAUCUGCUAAAGGCUUUAGCCAUUACAGGCAUCUUCAAACAUACCAAACAACCAAUAAUAAAGAGGCUCUCUAUGAAUGUAAUCAACAUGACAAAGACUUUAGAUCUGAUUGCUCUUUAAAAGUAUACAAAAGAACUCAUUUGGAAGGAAAACCCUAUGAGUACAAUCAAAGUUAUAAAGCCAUUGCAAUUCCCAGUCUUCAUCAUCAAGUACAUAGAAUUCAAACAAGAGAGAAAAGGUAUGAAUAUCAGCAAUGUGACAAAGCCUUUCCAUGUCCCACUUAUGUUCAAAUAUAUAAUAGAGGUUAUACUGGAGACAAACGCUAUGAAUGUAAUCAGUGUGGUAAUGCCUUUACACGAAAGAGUAGUCUUCACAAUCAUGAAAGAAGUCAUAGUGGAAAGAAACCCUAUGAAUGUAAUCAAUGUGGUAAAGUCUUUACAAAAAAGAGUAGUCUUCACAGUCAUGAAAGAAUUCAUACUGGAGAGAAACCCUAUGAAUGUAAUCAAUGUGGUAAAGCCUUUAUAGGGAAGAGUAGUCUUCACAAUCAUGAAAGAAGUCAUACUGGAGAGAAACCCUAUGAAUGUAAUCAAUGUGGUAAAGCCUUUGCAGCGAAUUAUAAGCUUCUCAGUCAUGAAAGAAUUCAUACUGGAGAGAAACCCUAUAAAUGUAAGCAGUGUGUUAAAGCCUUUGCAAAGAAGAGUAAUCUUCUCAGCCAUGAAAGAACUCAUUCCGGAGCGAAACCUUAUGAAUGUAACCAGUGUGGUAAAGCCUUUGCACAGAAGAGUAAUCUUCUCAGUCAUGAAAGAAUUCAUACUGGAGAGAAACCCUAUGAAUGUAAUCAGUGUGGUAAAUCCUUUGCAACAAAGGGUAAUCUUGACAGUCAUGAAAGAAGUCAUAGUGGAGAGAAACCCUAUGAAUGUAAUCAAUGUGGUAAAGCCUUUGCACAAAAGAGUAGUCUUCAAAGUCAUGAAAGAAUUCAUAAUGGAGAGAAACCCUAUGAAUGUAAUCAAUGUGGUAAAGCCUUUGUCCAGAAGAGUAGUCUUCACAGUCAUGAAAUAAUCCAUACUGAUAAGAGACCUUAUGAAUGUAAUGAAUGUGGUAAAGCCUUUGCAGUGAAGAAGAAUCUUCUUGGUCAUGAAAGAAAUCAUACUGGAGAGAAACCUUAUGAAUGCAGUCAAUGUGGUAAAGCCUUUGCACUGAAGAAGUAUCUUCUCAGUCAUGAAAGAACUCAUACUGGAGAGAAACCCUUUGAAUGUAAUCAAUGUGGUAAAGCCUUUGCAACAAAGAGUCGUCUUCUUAGUCACAAAAGAAUUCAUACUGGACAGAACCACAUGGAUGUAAUCAAUGUGGUAAUUUCAGAUGUGAGCUGCCAUGUGGGAGCUGGAAACUGAACUGUGUUUUCUACAAGGGGUGUUUGCUGGAGUCCUGCUACAUAGGGGUUCAGGUCCCAAAAAGGAGAUCGGGCAAUAGCAAAGUAAGGAGGUUGUCAUUAUCUUAGGGUGAAUGAGGAUAGCUGUUGCUUUAUUGAAUGAGGACUAUACCCUUUAUUCUCUAUAACUGAACAUUAGUUUAGACUCAAGCAAGAUUGAAAGGACACUUAAUGAUUCCAUGAUGAAACCAGCCAUCAACCUCAUCACAGCAUUUUUCCUGAGGCAAAAAGUGAUAAAUUCAGCAAGUAUCUUAA